CCCCACCCCACCCAACCCAACCCACCCCCAGUCAUCAAGGACGUAUAUCCCUUUCAUGAAUGCAAUGCUUUACGGGCUCUCCUCGGAUUGCGGGUAAUACUUCAAGAGUGCCUGUCAAUACUUCCCUCUGAGAUUUGCUGCAACACACACACCCAUCCACAUCCGCCCGGUCCUUGCAAUUGCAUAUAACAAUAUCUGCUGCUGCUGCUGCUGCUGCUGCCAGUCUUGCUUACGAUUUUUUCCUGCGAGUUGCUCUUUCUGGCGGACUCCGGUUACGACCGUCAUCUCAUUGGUCCCGUUGCACACCCCGUUGCAAAUAUCUGCAAAUACCUCACAUUGGCUUGCAUAACUGUGGAGGUGCAUCCGCCUCUGCUUCCCACGCCAUCAUACUUCGGGCGUCGGGAGGAAGAGGGUCGAUGUGCUGUUCUUCGGGUACGGGGCUCCUCCAUGUCGCAGAAUAUAUCUGCUGCACGGGAUUCGAAAUCACCUCCGCGCGAUCAUGACUCGGAACAGCGACUCCAACGACCGCAGCAACAGCAGCAGCAGCAGACAUAUCACGAACAUCCACCCACAACUACGGCCAGCACCGCCGUAUCGUCAACUAGCACAUCUUUUACAUCACAAACCUCGGAAGCAUCCGGGCCUUCGGCCGUGGUAGGGAGCCCCGUUGCCAGACCGCGAGGUGGAGCGCUCGAUGUCAGCGCAAUCCUCAAUUCCCCGCCUCCGCAGCUGCGGCGGCAGCAGCAGCAGCACCAAAGGCCACGCGUAUCUCCUUAUGAUGCUUCCCGCCGCCCGAGCCUGGCGAAUAUCAACUCGCCUCAAUCGCCCCAGGCCCUAGGCCGGCUCGGGUCCGUUCUGCAGUCACGGCCGCCGUCACCGAUCGAGGUGGGCCCCAGCAGCAGACGGACUCCCACCGCUCAGUUGCCCGGUCCCGGUCAGAUGCGGAGACAUGCCGGAAGGAACAGUAUGACAGGCGUUCUUAGUGCGCAGGAUCACCCUUUCCCGCUCAUGUCUCCGCCGCGGGGUUCACCAUCGUUUCACCCCGCGAGCCGUUUGGGCGCGCCGAGCACUCCACCUGCAUCUCUCCAGCCUCCACAUCUGCCACCCGCUCCCCCUCCGCCUACACAUCACCACCUCCAACAGCAGCAGCCGAACCAACAGCAAACGGCGCCUGCUCAUAACCAGCCGUUUUCGGGAGGUGACGCGUAUACGCAUGCUCCCGGAUAUGGGAUCGGAACCCCACACUCUUCGGCAGAUGCCAGUCCACGGUCCUUCUCGGCCUAUACGACUGCGUAUUCACCGUAUAAUCACGCAUCCUCGUUUGUCGGUGGAUACCAACCCGCGAUCCAAGACCAACAUGGCUCGCUCUACGCCAUACCGUUGGGUUCGCACCACGGCAGCGGUCAGGUAACGCUCAACACUCCCGACGGUCCCAUCAUCGCGCCGUACGACACCACCUCAGGCUCGCUGGCUCAGCACGAAAAGAGGAAGAAGAACGCCAGCGCGUCUUCGAGGUUUCGGAAAAGGAAGAAGGAGAAGGAGAUUGAGAACACACGACGCAUGGAAGAGCUCGAACACAACCUCAAAAAGAUGGAGGAGGAGCGGGAUUUCUACCGCAAUCAACGGGAUUACCUGCGUGGCAUCAUCGUGCAUGCACAGCAAAACAGGGGACAGCUACCGCCACUACCACCGGGGCUAUUCGACGCGAUGGAGCGGAGAGACCUGGCUGGACAGGAAGAAGCGGAAGGUCAAGCACGCGGAGAUGUCGGAGGAGGGGUGGGGGGAUCGGGAUCGGGAGGCGGAGGAGGAAACGGUGGAGGGGGGAUGGGUCUUCCGGCCAUAGCAAAUCAGGCACUCGGGGCUCAGGGACUGCCAGGAAUCGGGGGGAACGGGCAAAUACGCCCACAGAGUCCACGGACCGGAAACUUUAGCGGAACACUGCCGGAGAUGCAGCAUCAACAACCGCAGCCGCAACAACUCCAGCAACAUGCUCAGCAGGAGCACCAGCAGCAUCAACAACCACACCAACAUCAGCAGCAGCCACAACAGCAACAGCAGCAGCAACCACAGCAACAACAACACCAGCUUCCUCAACCGCAACCACAGCAACACUACCAACAGCUUCCAUCCCAUCUGCCUGGACAGCUGCAGCAGCCACCACCGCUACCGCCACCACCACCGCCACCACCACCACAACUUGAGCCGCAGGCUCCAGCCCGCAGAGGACGUGGGCGCGGACGUGGCGUGAGAGGGCGGGGCCUAUAAAGCCCAUUAACAAUGUUAAUAUCGAUACCCAAUUCCCUUUGUCUUGUACGCUAUACGUCUAUAUUGUCACGGUGUACGUGUGCCUUAUUUUCAGCCGGCCACUUCACUCAUUUCCAUUUCCUUUGUCACAUCUCUUUUGUCCACAUUUUUUUUUGGAUCUGGCGUGGGUUCAUUGUAUGUUGGGAGGUGGGGAGGGGGGGAGGUGUAUUUCGUUUUACAAUGUUUGUCGUUUUCCGGCUCUUAGAUGGGGGCAUGUAGCAAUACUCGCGCGUUUUGGGAGGGGGAUCUAUCGCAAUUGGGAAAGGAGGGGGGAAGGGGGGCAUUUUGAUUUUUCUUUUUGCUGGAUGGAUGUCUGUACUGUGAUUUUGG